GAGCUUAUAAUGCGGGGUUUCAACGCCAGUAUAUUCGCCACUCGUUAGUGCUACUUAAAUCUUAACCAGACUACCAUAUAUAAUGGGCUGGGCCUUGUAUAUAAGUCUGAACAGUCCGUCCAACGCAGCUAUUAUUUCGUUACACUCGCCAUCAUGAUGAAAUCAAUCAUUGCAACAUCCCUCAUCGCAGAGGUCGCUCUUGUUGCUGGCUUCCCUGACAUUGCCAGAAAAGUCGCAGAGCAAAGAGCGCUGGAACAAAGACAAGGGGGUUUCCUGCCUUCACUUGUACCAUUUCCGGAGUUCCCUGGUACUCCAAAUCACGCAGUCUUUAACACAUUCGACCCCAAGAGUCAACUUGUAUCCACCAGCGGCGAUCACGCAUGGCAAGCCCCUGGCCCCGGCGAUAUCAGGGGGCCAUGUGCCGGUCUCAACGCGGCUGCCAACCACGGCUAUCUCCCUAGAGACGGUAUCGCAACCGCCCAGUCAGUUAACACGGGUCUAUGGGAAGCUUACGGCUUGGACAAGACUGCCACUCUAUUUUUACAAACCGCUACCAUGUUCUUUGAUGGUGAUCCGAUCUCUGGGAGAUGGUCCAUUGGUCCACACUCAGACAAGACUGCUUCUCUUGGUCCUCUCAGUGACGUUCUUGGGAACCAGACUGGAAUCUGCGCCUACGGUCACCUGAAGACUGAAGCCGAUGCUUCCAUUACUCGUGGUGAUUGGCUGGACCCCAACCCCGAGUUCAACGGCAACUGCGCGUCGCACCCGAAGUUCAUGCAAGAACUAUUUGAUUUGGCGGAUAAACGUGCUAAUGGAUUCAUCACACCUCAAGUCAUGGCGGAACAUUCGUACAACCGCAAGCAAUACUCAAUCCAAAACAACCCCAAUUACUUUGCGCCGGUUUAUGCUGGUGUUGCCUUCACAUUCGGCGCCCAUAUGUUUGCAUUCGAGCUUCUCGGCAACCACUCUGCAGAAGAGCCGAGAGGAUUUCUCACCAAGGAGGUUUUCAUGGACUUCUUCUCCUACAAGAAGGACGCUGCCGGUAACCUGAAAUACACAUACGGUCACGAGCGGAUCCCCGACAACUGGUACAAGCGUCACGCCCUUGACGCCUGGACACUCACCGAUAUUGUUGUCUCUACUGCCCAACAGUGUGCCUCGUAUCCCUCCAAUUGUCAAGUUGGAGGCAACACUGGUACCGUCAACAGCUUCAGUGGUGUCGACCCUGGUGACCUUACUGGUGGCCUCAUCAACAGUUUCGAGAACUUGUCUAACCCUGACAAGCUCGGCUGCUUUAUCCUGCAGAAUUUGCAAGCUGAGAUUCCGUCGUUCUUGUCCAAUGUCUUGGAUCCUGCGUCACUAAGCCUCGUCAACGGGCUCAUUCCUACCGUCCUGAUGCCUGCGCUUAAGGGUCUUGACAUCAGCGGUACUUGCGGCAACUUGCCUCCUGGUCGUACAACUCCUGGUUAUGGUGGUGUGUAUCCUGGCGCGAAGGACAUGAAUGUGUUUGAAGGUCCUCGUGCUGCUUACUAGAAGUAAUUAUGAUCAUGAAAACUUAAUGUUUGUAUAUUCUACUGGCAGCCUUUAUGUACAACAAAAUGGGUGGUUAAUGUUGCUUUUCUACUCGGUUGAAGAUAUAAAGAUACGUCAAGAAUUAAAAAUUAUAAUAUAU